CAGUACUGCGAAAAAAAAAUUGGUGGCAAGAAUGGGGAUGCGAUAAAGUUCGGUGCGUGCGACGAGUUCUCAGCUGAGCCUGGGAAGGGCCUGAAAUGUACCGUGACCAUUCCUGAUUCUAAGGGUGUGGGCACGCGCACACUUCAGGUAGUUGCUGGCAACCGCAGAUGGAUGGCCGAAAAUGCCAUAGAUGCCUCGGAGGCUGAGAGUGACAUGGUGCGAUUGGAAGAAAUGGGUGUCACCGCCACACUGUUUGGUGUGCUGGGCGAUGGAGACGGACAGGAGGGUACGCUCUGGUGCUUAACGGGGAUUGCUGACAGUGUACGUCCUGAGAGUGAGCUUGUUGUGCGUGAGUUGGUGUCGCGUGGCAUUGAGCCGUGGAUGGUCACAGGCGAUCACAGACGCACCGCACACGCCAUUGCUCAACAACUGGGCAUACGCAAGGUUUUCGCAGAGGUCCUCCCAGGAGAAAAGGGAGAGAAGGUUAGUGAAUUACAGGCCGAAGGCUUGACCGUCGCAAUGGUGGGCGACGGUGUCAACGACAGUGUGGCUCUGGCGCAGGCUGAUGUGGGCAUUGCGAUGGGCGCCGGGUCAGACGUUGCCAUAGAAACGGCGGAUGUGGUGUUGGUGAAAUCAGAUAUUAGAGAUGUGGUCACGGCUAUAGACAUCUCGCGGAAGACGUACCGCCGAAUUAUAAUGAACCUUAUAUGGGCAUUCGCGUACAACAUUCUGGCCAUCCCUUUUGCGGCGGGCGUGCUAUUUCCCGUUGGUGUCAUGCUGCCCGCGUGGGUGUGUGCUGGGUCAAUGGCCGCCUCUAGUGUGACGGUGGUCUGUUCGUCACUGCUGCUGAACUGGUACACCCCCCCCACACUCAUACCCUCCACCGAUACCCGAAGUACUAGUACUAGUAAUAGUACGAGUAUACCUACACACAAGGAUCAGCAUGAGUCCAGUGAGCGAGCCCCAUUGCUGGGCAGCUCACACACAGGGAAGUACGGGUCGGCAUAGGAAUAGGAAGUUUAGUGUUAGUAGAGAAGCGUAUUAUGCCGUCGGUGGGAACACAAACCGAAGUGAAGUACCAAGAACUGGCAUAAUCAUAAUAAAAAUCUUGAUAAUCUAAC